GGYGCCAUAGCUGUAGCUGUAGUCUUCAGCGCUGGGCGCUGGUAGGUAAUAGAUCGUAGAGUGGGAGAGAGACUGGCGGAGGCCAGUGUUACUUACCUGUGGCGCCAUUGCUCCAGCUCCAUCUUUGUGGUACCUGCAUCAAGGCGCCAACUUCACAGGGUUAGGGCAGGCACGAGCGGAGAGAUUCACCUCCAGCCAAUGCAACAUGGUGGGAAGAAAUGACUAGGAGGUUCAAUUGGCGACACUGCGAUGCAUUGGAGGCCUUUGGUCCUGAGCACUCUUUCACCUGAUCAUUCUGCCAUGGCGGGUGCAGGAAUGGGCUUAAAUCUUUCUGUUGAAAUCUUGCCUCCGGCAGGACUUCUCAAUUGCAGGCAACCACCAAAGCGGUGUCGCAAGCUGUCUCGACUUGUUGGCAUUGUUGACUGUCGUGAUGCUGCAAGUGCAGUGUGGCGAUGGAACUCGGACAGUUUUGGUUACCCUUCGUUCCGCCCUUUAUUGCCCUUGAACCUGUCAGUUGAUUGGGAAUGUUGUUUGAUUGGACUUGUCUUAUCGUCGUUGGUUGAUUCCUUGGUUUAUGAACUAUUAGUUGAUCGGUGUGGCUUGCUGGCUUGCUGGCUAGCUAGCUAGCUGGAUCGUUGGCGGUUGUAGGGCCAGGAAGUGGGAUCUGGUGUUCUGCAAUGGGUGAAACACGUGGUGGUUGAUGGCAGUACCCAGGCAGAUUACCUAUUGCAGAUUCUUACUUCCUGGCAGGAAAUUUCAAUUAGCUUAUAUUAUGCCUUCGCCCCCUGCCCUCCCCCCCCAAAUCCCCACCCCACCCUUUUCUAAACCCCUGCCGCCGCCACCACCAGCAGCAUGGAGACGUCUCCACCCUGUGCUGGGUUCCUUUCACUGUUUGGCUGACGUUUUCUCUGCUGGACUCGCCUCCUACCUCUUGCCCUUCUCUUCCCUCGUCCCUCCCUCCCUUCUCUACCCUCCUCCUUCGUCCGCUUGCAUCCCCCCUUCCGUUACGAGUUUCUGUCACGUACUUGUGGAGGACCAGCGCUUGUGACAGUAGAAGUGAAGUAUGCGAUGGCGCACUCAGGCUGCAGACGUCAGUUGGAUGCCCCGCUGAAUUGGUGGCAGUGGCAUUGUCCAGAACCUUAGCUCCGUGAUGUCCAGGGGAGACACUUGGCGUCAGGUAGUCGAGGGUUGUGGCAUGAUGCGGCAAGGGGGGAGGGGGGGGCACACGGGGAGUAAAUCGGCGCAAGGGGGGCGGUGUAAAGUAGAUAAGAUACUUUGGGAUUUCUGCAUCGGGUAGAGAGUACUGUAGUGACACCAACCCUAAGGUGCAUUUAGCCAGGAAGAAGACCAGCAAUGACAGUGCUAGUUGGUAGAUGAUCACCAACCGGUGACCACCACGAGGAUGUGAUAUCACUACUUGUUGCAUGUGUUCUACUCGUUGCAUGCGUUCGCCGUCCCUCUCCGCUCUCUGCUUGUUUGUCUGAAUGUGUGUUCCAGCGGGCAUGCUCUGCAUGGUGUAUGUGGCAGUCGGCCGGGUUUUGCUAGAGAGAGGGAAUUGGUCGACCAGGCCCAAUGGGCGGUUCGGUGGCCAGACAUAUAGCAGUUCUUGUUAUAAUAGGCCCCAUUGGGGAGAGGGGGGGCGGGUGGGGGCGAAGAAAGGCCCAGAGGAGGCGGACAAUUCUUGAUAUUCACAUUGUUGGGAUUUGAUGAGAGCAGGCAUGACCCGAAUGCCCACGUGCACACGCAAAUACGCUUUCUUCGUGGAGUUGUGUUUAGCGUACACACAAGCACACACAUGCACAUGUUCACACACAAGUCAGUGCUAUUGGAGGAUGACGUGCGAUGUGACAUCAACAUCAUUAUCAUCAUCAGGAUGCUCUUUGCAUGCAAGAAGAGUUGAUUCAUCCGCAUGAAGGGUUCGUCGACUCGCUGCUGUUAGGAAUGCGUCUCAGCUCUCCUCGGCACUAUCAAGGUGAUUUCAGUGAGACCUGAGCACAGGCCCGACGGCGGCGAAGGUGAUUUCAGUGAGACCUGAGCUCAGGCCCAACUGAUCAGUCUCGAUGCUCUCCCGCCGUUUGUUGCUGGCCAUAUGGUUUUCCUUCUCUCCCCUUGACCUUUGUAAUUCUUUGGUUCCUAAUGUUGUCAGAGAUUUGUCGAUCUUGAUCUAGAUUCUAGAAGCUUCCUGGCAAAAUUGCCCUUGUUUACACACCCCUUUUUCCCCCAUCUAAUUAUUAUUUUUAGAUCAAUGGAAAUCUUGAAGGCACUCGUUGUGCCGCUGCCUGCCGUCUGAAUAUGCUCCAGGUAAGGUGGGUUACGCUCUGUAUUUGUCAGCUUCGUUGGGGUUCUGACUGGUACUGAUGGACCCCUCUCUGACUAGAUGGUGACGAGGAUGGCUGCCUACCUCUCUGGACUGUUCUUGUAUUCUUUUGCACUGCUGCCCUAUUCUUGCUGCGGAGUCGACGACUGGUGCCAGCGAGGAAUGUGCUGCUCACUCUUUGACUUUUUUCUCAAUUAGAUAGUUCUCACAAA